GACUGGUCUCAGCAUGCUCAUUGUUUUGGCUCCUCGACCGAGCGCAUUUGCUGGCUUUGAAAAAUGACUAGGACGCAUACGCAGCGGUGCCAGUCAUAGAAAUGAUUCUAAGGCAUUGGUGGCAGCAGUAAGGCAGCCCCUGCUGCGGGCAGCCCCCAUCGAGCGGGAGAGCAGCGUGCGCGCAAGCGGCAGGAGACCAUGGCUCGCCGCGCCCUCGUCGUUUGUGGCUUUGCGGCCGCGCAGAUCGGGGCGCCGCGCGAGUAUUACGUCGGGGAGGGCGCCGACAGGGUGAACUUUGAAGUAGGCUGGACCGACGACGUCCGGGCCGCGGUGGCGCGAGCGUGCGAAAAGGUCUACGAGGGACGCACAAUUCAAGAGUGCGUCGAUCUGAUGGUCGCGCGCGUCGAACAGGACCGAACGCUCACGAUAGACAUCGUGGUGGACGGCGCGGGCCUGCGAAGCGUAGACGUCGCCCCCUCCGACGAUCCGCGCGAGAGGGCUGCCGUCGCGUGCGAUGGGCUCGACCACACGGGCUGGGACGACUGCGCGCGGAGCUUCGUCAAACGCGUAUCCCUAAAUCGCGGCGGCCGCGAGGGCUUCGCAAUGCCGCUGUGGAACGACCUCGUUGCGGCGGAUCCUAGGAAGAUUGCGUUUGUGCAGGUCGGGGCCAACUGCGGUUGGCCGCCGUGUGGAAAUCAACCUUCGUGAACCUCCACGCUAUCGAGCAGACGCAGUACAGAGAUGUGAUUUCCACACAGGCACCUACGAAUGCGCCGUCUGCGGCGAGCCCAUCUGGAUGGACCAAAAGAAGUUUCAGUGGCGGGGUAUGGUGGUGGAACCGAAUCCCACAACGUUCAAACUGCUGGCACAGAACUACGCGAAUGCGUCAGAUCGGGUCUCGGCCGUCAAUGCAGCAGUUUGUGGGGCGGACGGCCCGGCGACGCUCUACGUGGACGCGGCGCAUCCUACGGCCGAGGCGGCGUCGAUCGACAAACGAGAUUUUGAGGCGGACCCCUCCGCCUUCGCGCGGGUCGACGUGACGUGCCUCUCGCUCGAGUCGCUGUGGCGCCGCCACGUCGCGCCGUGGCUGCCCGACCGCGUCGACAUCCUCCAGCUCGACACCGAGAAGCUCGAGCACGCCAUCAUCCUGGCGACGAAUUUCAGCCGCCUCGCCCCGCGGCCGGACCAUGUCCUCUAUGAGUCCGUCCACCUGUCGGACGAGGAGUACCUGGCGGUGCGCGAGCACCUGCGGCACCACGGCUAUUCCAGCUUCUGGAAGUGGCCGGGCUGCGGCGAGGCGGAGCACGACACGCUCGCGUCGCACGUGGACGCUCGGCGAGAUUAACUGUUGUGAGUGA